UCAAAGCAACAACAUCAAUGGCAAUGCACGCUGUUCGAUUGUCGCCGGCGACUCAGCUUCACGGCGGAAUCUCUAGCAAUCUGUCACCAUCCAAUCGCAAACCUAAUAAUCCCAUCGUCCGAUACGGAUGCGGAUCUUCGAAGCGUUGUCGUACCGUAACCGUCUUGGCAUCAGUCCGGGAAAAUGAUGCAAAUGGUAGGGAUAACUCCGUGAGAGCUAUGGAAGUGAAGAAGAUUUUUGAAGACUCGCCUCUGCUUCCUAAGCCGUUAUCAUCAAACAAGCUCGCAGAAUCUGUCUCUAAUGGCUCCCGCGUUCGUGUUGCGUAUCAGGGAGUACGAGGUGCAUACAGUGAAUCAGCUGCUGAGAAGGCUUAUCCAAACUGUGAAGCUGUUCCUUGCGAAGAGUUUGACACUGCUUUUGAGGCAGUUGAGCGGUGGCUUGUUGACCGAGCUGUUUUACCGAUUGAGAACUCUUUAGGUGGAAGCAUCCAUAGAAAUUAUGAUCUUCUGCUGCGGCACAAUUUGCAUAUUGUAGGCGAAGUCAAGCUAGCUGUUCGCCACUGUUUGUUGGCUAACCACGGUGUAAAUAUUGAAGAUUUGAGAAGGGUGCUUAGCCAUCCACAGGCUCUUGCUCAAUGUGAAAACACGUUAACCAAGUUGGGGUUGGUCAGAGAAGCAGUAGAUGACACUGCUGGCGCCGCAAAGCAAAUUGCAUUCGAAAAUUUAAGUGAUGCAGCAGCAGUUGCCAGUGCAGAAGCUGCAAAGAUAUAUGGUUUGAACAUAGUUGCUGAAGAUAUCCAGGAUGACUGUGAUAAUGUUACAAGGUUUCUAAUGCUCGCAAGAGAACCCAUUAUCCCUGGAACUAACAGACUCUUUAAGACAAGUAUAGUUUUCUCGUUAGAGGAAGGGCCUGGAGUACUUUUCAAAGCACUUGCUGUGUUUGCCCUUAGGCAAAUCAACCUCACAAAGAUUGAAAGCCGCCCUUUAAGGAAACAUCCUCUCCGAGCAUCUGGAGGACUAAAAUACUUUGAUUAUCUUUUCUAUGUGGACUUUGAAGCAUCUAUGGCUGAUGAAGUUGCUCAGAACGCACUAAGGCAUCUCGAGGAAUUUGCUACCUUCUUGCGGGUACUAGGAAGCUACCCAGUGGACACUACAAUGCUCUAAACAAUUUCCAACAUCUUCUUGUUUGUGACAGAGAUCCGCUUGAUGAUAUCAUUAUUCUGGUGUAAGAAGCUACUAUAGCCGUGAAGUGAGGUCCGAGGAGUCACAAGUGCACCUUACAAGACAUUCCG